GAUAUGUUGUUUAGGAUCAAAGAACCGUGAAAAUGUCCAACGUGGAUGUCAUUUAUCAGAAGAUUCACUUCAGGCACGACCAGCGCUGGUCCGCGAUUACCGGGCCCAAUGCAGGCGAUGUCGUGUUGUGUGUUGCCUGUGUCAUUGAGAUGAUGGAGAGUAAAGAUGUGUCGUGCGUACGCAAGUCAGUGGCACUGGCUGGAGUUGGGGGAGUCCUGAGGCGCUCUCCUGGAGCCAUCAAAGAGUUGCUCUCGCAAGAUGCCAGAGUCUGCCUACACUUUAUUGCCUCUUUACUAGGGAUGCUUCGCGCUUUAGAAGACUCACCCACUCUGGAACAGGUUAUACAAGUUCUGGUUCAUCUGCUCUUGGAGCUGCAGAGUGAGCAGUUUGUUCAGGACGUCCUGAAUGACAUCCACACACAGCUAAGCAAGCAGGCGAGUGUGAGGGGCUUCUUGCCCACCUUCACAUUCCUGGGGAAGCUGGUGGAUGCACUUCCUGCUCUGCCCCAGACUUUGGCCUGUCACCAUGUGUCUCUGCUGGAGUGGCUGAGUGUGGGGCUGCAGCACCCCGACGAGGUGCUGAAGGCGUCCGUGUGCUACAUCCUGCGGAGGGUGUGGGAGGUCCCUGCCGCGGCCCAGUCCCUGCCCACCCCCCUGAGGGAUGGCAUUGCCCGCUCCGUCCUGCGCACCCUCGACCACGCCUCUACCCCUCAGCUCACCAUCAACUGCCUGGGCCUCUUGAAGCAGAUGCUCCAGCAGGGUGAGAUGGUGUCGGUGCUGAUGAACUGCAGGACCGAGCCCAUCCCUGAUGAUGGCUGUCCAGAACUGCCCCCGGCACAGCACUGCUCCCUGCCCCUCGCCCUCAAGAAGCUAUUGUUGAGUGGAGAUGAGAUGCUGCAGGUGGCUAGUGCUCAGUGCAUGGCUGCUGUGCUGGUUCAUUCCCCCAGUCAGUACUGCCCACAGUUCAUCCAGGCAGACUUACCCGAGUUCCUGUUUGAGCGUCUGAGCAGCAGCAGCGAGGCCCUGCUGUGGUCGACUUACGGUUGCCUGCUGUUACUGGCUGAGGAGUCACUGUUCUUCUCCCAGUGUCACACAGUCUAUGGUAUUGAGUCUCUGGUGCGCAGCUUGAAGGAUGUCCUAAAGCUGACCAACCUGGAAGUGCAGAAACAGGGCAUACACCUCCUCACCGCCAUCCUGGACAGGCAGCCUGCAGCGGUGCGACUGUUUCCCACCGGAGCUGGGUUUGCAGGUGUAGCGGAGGUGGUGCUUUUAGCCGUGUCCUCUCCAUGCCUGCGGGUGGCUACACAUGCAGCACGGGCCGCCACCGCCCUCCUCAGGCUGCACCACCAGUCCAGCCCAGUGCAGUAUAAGGAGCUGAAGAAGGUUGUUAGGGCAGUUAUAACCAGGUGCACUGAGUUACCUGUGCCCAUUACUACACGCCAAAGGGCCACGGGGGCCUUCCCUGGUACCGAGCCCACUGACCAGGCCUCAAAGGCGGGGAGCUUCCUCCUCCAAGCCCUGGUCUGCUUUCAGGAAGCCUGCAGGCUUGCAGAGCAGUGUGCCUCUGAGCCCAGUCUGAAAGAGAACGCCUUCACAGCCCCCCACAAGCAGAGGAAAGACUCUCUGGAGUCCCUCUGUCUCAGCCUGCUGCGCUGCUGUGAUACCGUCCUCAUCCCCACUGUCACUAGGCUGUGUGAGCAGGCUCCCAGUGCUAAGGUGCUGCAGCACUUCUUCUCCAUCCUGUCUCACCAGUUCACCAUGCUGCCCUCCCUCAUGCCCCUCUUCGCCCUCAAGCUGGCAUCCUCUGGUUUCAUUAGAUUGGUGUUGGAACACAAGGCAUUCUUAUGCUCAGGAAACAGGAAUUCAGGUCUGAAUGCUGCCUGCUGUGACUUUCUGCUAAAACUCAGUAAAUGUCUCUUCUCUCAGCCAUCAAGCUCACAUCAAGAGGAUGUAGAGGAGCUGUUGGGGCUGCUGGAGGCCUCUCUGCCAUCCCUCUGCUGCCGUGUGGCUGAGUGGCCCUCCCUGCUGACGGACGCCUCGGGGACCUCCAGAGCCACCCAGUACUGCCUGGUCAGCCUGCUGCACAUCGCCCAGCUACACGGGGACAGGCUGCUCCCUGAGCCCGUGCUCUUCUCCUGUAUGGUGGCUGCGCUGUGCUCCAUGCCUGAGCAGGGGGACGCCUCCUUCCCCCUCUGUGUGCUCCGCUCAGCCCUCUACCUGCUGGCUGUCUGCCAGGACAAGAGCCCAGAGCUGGACUGGGCUCCUCUGAACAGCAUCAGUAAGGCUCUGUCCUGCUGUCCCUUCCCCUCACUGUACACACACCACCCAGCCCUGCUGCACUUCGUAUUCCGCUACCCCGAGCUGACUGACUGCUUCGGCCCACCUCUGCUAACACUCUGGCUAUCCAAUCAGCCCCAGCCUGGCCCCGAGGACCAAUCAGAACCAGCGCCUGGUGUUAACCCAUCUUCCUCCUCCUCCUCCUCCUCCUCCUCGCUGCAGGCCGUGCUGGAGAGGAACCCCAAUGUGACCCUGACACUUCUGACGCUGGUGGUGAGCAGUGAUGAGCUGCUGGGGGAGAGAGCUCUGGGCGAGCUGCAGAGCUUCCUGCAGGUCAGAGGUCACUGGGACAGGUCUCUGCCAGCGCUGCUGCGGCCCGCCCUGCUGCAGCUGCUCCAGAGGCUGGCCUGCCAGAGCACAGCCAACAGCCAGAGGCCAUCAGCGCCAUCCUGCCUGCCUUUAGUCUUGCAGUUGUUGUGUCUGAUGCAGACGGCUGCGUCAGCGGGCAGCGAGAUGGACGACACAGACUUCAAACUGCUCUACCACGUGAGUAACCUGGCAGGGAAGCUGAAAGGCAGCAAUAGUGAAACUCUCCGACAUGCUCUUAACUACCUCUACUGUUGCCUCGCUCUCUCUCCCCCUCACUGUGGUGACAGAGCUGUGUCUAUGCUGCUGUGUAACACUGGGCUGAUGGAGCAGAUACAGACGGUGCUGGACCUCUCCUCCUCUUCAUCAUCAUCAUCUUCCUCUCCUCCUUCCACUCAGCUCAGCUACGCUCGUCUGCUGCUGUCCUCACUCAUCAUUCUCCAGCAGACACAUUCUACUCAGGUGCACAGGUGUGUUCGUGUGGAUGUGGGGCGCCUGGUGCAGCUGCUGAGCUGUGGGAAGAGACACGCAGACAGCCUCUCUCUGGCCUCUGUGGUGCGGCUACUGCAGGCAGUGCUGGAUGUGGACCUGGACUCCCCUCUGCUGCAGCUGGAGGAGGGGGUCGUAGGGGCGAGACAGCGCCCCCUGCAGCCUGUAGACAGCGCGCUGCACCCACUGAGCUCCCGCAGCGCUCACUCCCUGGUUGCUGCCCUCCACAGCCUCCUGCUGCAGAAGCAGGAGGGACUGCUCAGUGUGUCUGUGAACUGUCUAAGGUCACUAAUGGGUUUCCUGCAUAAGAGGUGCCCCUCUACAGCGCUGCAUGUGUCUUCCCAGCCCUGGAGCCGUUUCCUGCUCUACUCUCUCCUCAACUCAGGGGAGAGCCUGCUGCUGCAUCCAGCCAUCCUGACCCUACUCACACUGCUGCUCCAGGCUGGCAGUGGGGUGGUGCAGUGGGACCCAGAGCUGGAGCAGGUGCUGUGUGCGGUGGAGAGGAAAGGAGUGCAGGAGCUGACGCCCAGUGCAGUCCAGGCCCUCAAAGAGCUGCUCACACAGGUCCAGCACACUGUCUCACUUACAGCACCAUCUGAGCAGCACCCUCUUAGGGCCUCAGCUCUGCUUGAGUCAUUAGAUCGCCUUCCCAGCUCUGAGACUCUGCCCAACAGUGUUCUGGGGAGCUGUCUUACUGCUCAUCAGAUUUUACAGUAAAGAUGAUCGUUACCUCUUCAGAUGUUUUUCAUUACCUUGUUUGUUUAUUUAUUUAUUGAUUUAUUCAUGAAUCAACGUUCACUACAUUCUGCCAGCCUGGACUUGGAGCAUUUCCUUUUUCGAAAUUAAGCACUUGCUUUUUAUGUACAUGAAUGUAAAGAAUUUUGUAAUUUAAGUGGG